ACGUCGGCGCGACGCUAUACCGGCGCGGGCACGCGAGCGCUUCGCUUAAACGCCACCGAGACGCCGCCGCGGACGCCGCGCCCCAAGGACCGAUUCCCCGACGCCCGAGAGAAAUCGCUGUGCCUUGCUCCGGUGCUGUCUGUGCACUCUUUCUCCCCAGCGCCGCCGCCGCCGCCGCAACCGAACCGCACGACACCGUUGACAACCGCGAGAACGCCGCCACCCGCCGCCGCGAUUAAAAAAAAGAACAAACAAACAAAAACAAUAAGGGACCUAGUUUGAGUGCGCGCGUUACCACCUCGUAACAAGCGCGCAACGAUUCCUGUCCGUCCAUCUUGCCAUUUUGUUGUUCAGCGCUCGGGCCGUUAGCGUAGCAUUAGGUGUAAAGAGGCGCGUUUCGCGCUGCACGGAAUUACCGGGAGAAGAAGAAAACGGUUCUAAGCACGCGGGCUAGCCAGCUUAAGUCUGUACGUCGGUGCUUUUCUUUGAUUCCGCGCGUCGCGCGUAGCUGUUUUCCGCGCCGAUAGCUGCCGUUGCCGUCGCCAGAGGGGCGCGCUCCUUUCGGUUUCGCCGCCGUCGUCUGCUUCCGUCGUCUGCUCCGCCGCGAAGGCACUUUUUCGUCUGCUUCCGCUGCUCCCGCUGUUUUUCGUCUGCUCCCGCUGCUCCCGCAGCUCCUCAUCUUCGGCUUGGUGGUUCGUCCCUUUCUCUUUUACAAAGUCUUCUUGCUCUUCUCUGCCUACUCAUUUCUCUCGGCCUGUUAUCGCGAACAGUGCUUUUCGUCCUUGGAUUCGGCGGAGGCAUCAUCAACCCGGAGAGUGCGACAUACAUCAUAGCCGAGAUUCAAAAGAACACCUCCUCGGUUUUUUGUUUCAGCGGCUGCGCAGUGGUGGUGCUGCUGCUGCUGCUUGACGCUGAUUCGUUCGUUGUUCGUUCGUUAGUCUCGUAGAAGCCGCUGGGCUAUCGUGUUUUUUUUCCUUCCGUUACGCGCUUCGACUCGAUCGUUCGAACGCUGGUUGGCGCAGCUCUCGGAGCGCGGUUUCUUUGAGAGAGUGUGCGCGGGCUCUCCAGACAAGGACUCAGAGAGGCAGCGUGGCGCUCGGACGGUCAACGUUUGCCCAAGUGACUACCGCGGUUGCGGCGCGAAGUGGAACGAGCUCGUCCAAAGUGCAGCGGACAGACCGAUUUCGACGGUGAGACGGCAGCGCUGGAACGGAAGGAGGUGUCGCCCGCCGCAAGCUCGCAGUCGCCAUGGACACCAAGAAGCCGGAGGAUAUCAGUUUAGGUGAUCCUUGCUCUAAUAGAGCCCCAAGCCCGAUAUACCAGGAUCGCAGCCGAUGGAGCUGGCCGGAUGGCCGUUCCUGGUGGAACCGGCGGACGAAGAUGGAACGGUGCCUGCUGUUCAGCGUUGGGUUCCUCAUCGUCAUCGCCAUCGUCCUCAUCGCGACCACAACGCUGGCCAUGGCCAAGCCUAAAGCGUUUAAAAAAGGAAGCCAGGAGCUAUCUACAGAGGUCUGCAACUCAACGGUUUGUCAUGAGCGAGCACAACUGAUUCUGCAGUCGAUGGACGAGAGCGUCGACCCGUGCCAGGAUUUCUACGGUUUCGUGUGCAACAACUGGAUGCGCAACAACCCUAUACCGGACGAACGGGCCAGGUUCAGCAAGUUCGAUCGACUGCGGUUGAAGGUGCUUCACCAACUCAGAGACAUCCUGGAGAAGGCGCCGUACAAGGUGGACGACCAGAACGUCACCGACCAAGUGGUGCUCGCCUAUCACUGCUGCACGAAUGAAUCCAUCAGUGAGGAGACCAAGUACGCUGCCCUGCGUACCAUGCUCAGCAGCGUCGGCAUCCACGAUUGGCCUCGGCCCGUUGGUUGGCAGGAGGCGCCAUCUUGGGAGGAGCUGUUCGUCCAGGCCUACACCAAGACCGGGCUCAGCUUCAUCAUGGCCACCGGUGUGGGCGUCGAUCUCAAGAACACUUCCGUCUACGUCAUCAGUUUCGAUCAACCCGGCUUCGGGAUCGGCCGCAACCAGCUGAUCAACAUGACCACUCCCAACAACGAGCCCAUCGUCAGGGCAUACAAGAAGUACAUGGCGGGGUCGAUACGCUUCAUACAACCGAGCCUCAGCGAAAGCGCAGUCGACGCCGCCGUCGAGGACAUCAUCACCUUCGAGGCGAAUCUCGCCAAGCGCACGAGGUCUCCAGAAGAUCGACGAGUAUUCGACUCCAUGUACAACCGCCGGACGAUUGCCAACUUGAGCGCAGAGUUUCCGCAGGUGGACUGGCUAACUAUACUAAACAGAAUUUUUGAGCCGAUCAACCUAACUAUGACGGAGGAAGAAGGUGUUGUCAUGAGGGAGCCUGAAUACUACAAUUCCACGCUCGACUUUCUCAAGACGGUCGAAAGGUCCACCAUCUACAACUACGUCGGAUGGCGACUGAUGCAGAACUUUGGGCCAACUUCGUCCAAGCUUCUGCGCAAGUUGGAAUUCGAGUUCGUGCGCGUGGUGCAGGGAGUUGAGAAGAUCCUGCCGAUAUGGCAGCGUUGCAUCGGCAGUAUCAGCGCGAUACUCGAUCACCCCAUGGGAAGGCUUUACAUCGAUAGAGAAUUCAGCCCACAGGCGAAAGACGACAUGGACUCACUCGUCGCAGAUCUCAAAGUUGCCUUUAGUGCACUCCUCCAACAGAACGAUUGGAUGGACGGUUACACAAAGGACCAAGCUGCCAACAAGCUAAACGCCAUAGUGGACAACAUUGGCUAUCCGAGUUGGCUGAAGAACAACACGCACCUCAACAGCCGCUACGACAUUAUUAAGCCAAUCACGCCAGGAACACCUUUCCUGAAUGUCUACCUGAACGUUCGGUAUAACGGAAUGGUCAAGAGGCUGGAGAAACUACGGACGAACUACAACAGAAGUGAGGAAUAUGUUGGAUCGGCAGUAGUGAAUGCCUUCUACAAUCGUGUGGCCAAUUCUAUAGCGUUUCCUGCGGGAAUCCUUCAGAGUCCCUUCUACGGAUACGGCCUGCCUCCCUCUGUAAACAUGGGUGCAAUCGGCUCCAUUAUUGGCCACGAAAUCACUCACGGUUUUGACGACGCAGGCAGCCAGUUCGACUUCGAAGGCAACCUCCGGAACUGGUGGACACACGACACCAGGCAAAAGUUCCUCGACCGUGCCAAGUGCUUCAUCGAGCAGUACGGCAGCAUCGUCGAUCCGCAAGCAGGCAUGAACCUCAAUGGCAUCAACACGCAAGGGGAGAACAUCGCUGAUAACGGUGGCAUUCGGGAAGCUUUCCGGGCCUAUCGAAUCAGCUUGGCCAAACUGGGAAAGCCAAACGGCGUGGCCCUGCCGGGUCUCGAGCGCUUCACCAGCGACCAGGUGUUCUUCAUUUCCACGGCAACGGCCUGGUGCACCAACAUGAGAACGCAAGAACUUAAGAACGACAUCCAGUACGACACACACAGUCCAUCGAAAUACAGGGUUAACAUCCCCAUGGGCAACUUGGUCGAGUUUUCGCACGCCUUUGGAUGCCCGGAGGGAACACCCAUGAACCUGACUCACAAGUGCAUCCUGUGGUGAACGACUCUCGUCACUGGGAAUCCAUGGCUACUUCGGGGUCCGGACGACUUUCGUUCCAGGACCUUGUAGGCGGCGGAGCCAGUGACUGCGUAACAGAAUCAAGUCGUCAGGAGGCGGCUGGGGACAAGCGAAGAACGAGACGAAGAAAAAGGAAUCCCCCGCCAGCUUCUACAAACCAUCUCUCUCUCUCCUCAAGUGGCCCGUAGCUCCAUACCACACCCGAAUGCAUUGACUCUUGUACAUACGCGUGAGCUUUCAUUCAAACUUCAUGUCGAAAUCGCGUGUAUCCUGAAGCUACGCAGGGACAUUGGAGGAAGAGUGGCAUCGAGAAGAAAACGUCAUUGCGCGAAUGAUUUUUCUUCUUUUAUUUCUGAAUGACGUUCUUUUGUAAAGAAAGAAAGAAAGAUGGCUGUACAGUA